AUGUCUCGCGCAUCGAAGCUGACCCUGGCCGCUACGGGCCUGGGCACGGCAGGCAUCGUCUACUUUGUCCACUGGGCUCAAGAGAACGAUAGGGCGGCCAUGCACAGGGGCGUGGAACGGGAUAUGGAGAAGCAACGAAUUCGUCAAGAGCGACAGGCCGAGUUCGAGAUGCAAAAACGCCUUGAGCAGGAAUACCUCAAGCUCCAGACUGUUCACAGCACGACCGACGGCACGGAUACAGCUGGUCAGAGUACGGGCGCAGGGUCAUGA